AUGACGCUCAUGCAUCCCCUCCUCACCACAAUAACCACCCUCCUCAUCUUCUUCCCCCACCCAACCCUCCAAAUAACCGAAUACGUCCCCGACCCAGCCUCCUGCUCGAUCCUCGGCGACGGCGACGUCUACGGCAUCGGCGUCCGCCUCGGCUACUACUUCGCCUGGGCAUCGGGCCUCCUCGCCGUCGCCUUCGACAAUAGCUCCGCCGUCCGCGACGCCCGCAAGGGCGUGUCCGUGAUCAGCCUUGCCAUCUUCGCCAUCCUCAUCCGAAACACACUCAACGGCUCCUUUGCAAUUCUGGAGUGGUCGCUCGUUGUCCCCAUGGUUAUGUGGGCGCCCUUCCUGAUUCUGUUACCCAGAAGUCUAGUCGAUACCCAGGAUCGCGCGGGCGCAGCGUUUUUCAUGUGUGUUAUGGGGCUCGUGAUGCUUGUGCAGCCCUGGGUGUGGUUUUCGAGGACGCAGCAGGGGAGGCGGGAGGGGUGUGAGGCGCGGACGUUCCUGUAUGCGUACUUUGAUCUGUUUAAUGAGCAGUAUAUUGGCUUUCAAAGGUUUAUGGCUGUGAUGUAUUGUCUCGGUGGGUGUUUUUUGGUAGGUUGGGCGUUUGUCAGGUUCGCGGCGGGGUUGGAUGCACGUUCUGAGGAUUCAAACUCGGAGGGGUUACAGGAGGGCGAAGCCAGAGUUGAGGGGCAGGAGAGUGGUGGUGGUGGUGGUGGUGGUGGUCAGCAGCAGCAACAGCAAAACGCAAGCGCCGCAGCCUUCGACCUCCCCUACGAUGAGUCCGACCGGUUCGACCGCUGGUUCUUCCGGAUCUUCUUCAUUAUUUUUUUCGGGCCCGCGGGGAUCACAACCAUUAUUUUUGGGGAGAGGAUCUUGGCUGGGAAUGACGUUGAUCUCAGUGGUUCGCCGAUUGGAAGCUCGAGUCAGUUGAUUCCGCUGAUUGUUGGGUUGACGGGGCUUAUCUCGACGGUUUGGUCGGUUGCGUUUGGGGUGUAUCAGAAGCAUGUUCGUCGGAAGGAGAGUCAGGGCCAGGGACAGGCUGGAUCGGAUGGUCAGGCUGAGAGUGGGGAGAAUCAAACUGGUGCUCAGGCUGAGGCCGCAAAUGGAUCAAUCACUGGACGGGUAAGUGGAAGCUUGAGGAGGAGUGGUGAGUCGCAACAGGACGCAGAUCAAGUGUGA